GGUUAAGUUUAAUGACGCAAAAAUAAAAAAUGGCGGCGCCCUUGCAAAUGUCAUGUUGUUGAUGUCGGCUCUGCUGUUUUACGAAACCAAUCGUAAUUUCUCCUACAAGAAAUACAUUUCCAAGAUUUGUUACGAAGACUGAAACAGAACGAUGGUGCAUCUGUCAUCAUUAUUACUGAAGAAGUACCACGGAGGUCAUGUGGUUAUCCGCCUGGCUCUGGGCGGCGCCACCAACAGACCGUUUUACCGUAUCGUGGCCGCCUACAACAAAAGGGCGCGAGACGGAAAAUACAUCGAGCAGCUGGGAUCGUACGACCCGCUCCCCAACGUCUACGACGAGAAACUCGUCAGCUUUAACUACGACAGGAUCAAGUACUGGAUGGGAUGCGGAGCUCAUCCCACUAAACCUGUGGCCAAGCUCUUGGGACUGGCCGGAUUUUUCCCGCUGCAUCCCAUGACCAUCACACAGGCAGAACGGAGGAAAGCGGCAGCAGCUUUGAAACAGGAAACGACGCCUCAGGAUGAAGAUGAAGACGAGAAGCAGGCAGAACAGUAGCAUUUAAUCUAAACGGAUAAAAAAUAACACAAUUUCUUUUUUUCCAGCAUCCUUUUAGAAGCUUCCACUCACGUGAUCUAAUGAGAGAUUGUGACUCCUCCUGAUGGUCUAAUGCUUGGGUUGUUUUAUAUAUAUAUAAUCAGUUAAACUGUACUGUGAUGUGUAUUGUUCAAUAAAUGUCAUUUAAUGCGAAGAAAA